AGGGCAAUGAUUCCGAACCUCCUUUGACCCUCUCUCUCUCUCUCUCUGUUAAGUGCCUUCGCGGUGCCGAUAUCGCUCUCUCUCUCUCUCUCUCUCUCUCUCUCUCUCUCCUUCUGGUUGAAGCUCGGCCUUCUCUCCGUUUCAGUUCACUCUCAGAAUCGACAAUUUCGCUCGACGAAAUCCCGACCUUUCUCGAGUACCGUAUAAGAAUUCUAGCUUCUGGACUACUAUUGUUUUUACGCAUGAAUAUACCGCAUCGCGAUCGGCGUACGAAUUCUGAUAUCAGUUGGAAUUAGGUUUUGUAAUGUGGUGAUAUCUGUUCGGAUCGGCAAUGGUGGCUGGAUUUAUCGUACUGGACUUGACUGGAAGCAAGCGCAGCGAUUGAUUUCCGGUCUUGUGUCCUCGUUGUUGUUGGCAUCCAAUCAUGGCGGCGCAGAGUAAUUGGGAAGCUGAUAAGAUGCUCGACGUUUACAUUCAUGACUACUUGUUGAAAAGAAAAUUGCAUAAUUCUGCAAAAGCUUUCAUGACUGAAGGGAAAGUUGCCACAGAUCCAGUAGCUAUUGAUGCACCUGGGGGAUUUCUCUUUGAAUGGUGGUCUGUCUUUUGGGACAUCUUCAUUGCAAGAACGAAUGAGAAACAUUCUGAAGCAGCAGCAGCUUAUAUAGAGACUCAACAAAUGAAAGCAAGAGAGCACCAGCAACAACUACAAAUGCAGCAGCAGUUGCAACUCAUGCAACAGCGUAAUGUUCAGUUGCAGCGAAGAGACCCUAACCAUCCUGCCCUUGGUGGUCCUAUCAAUGGUAUGAACUCUGAAGGAAUGAUAGGCCAGCCAUCAGCCAGUGUACUUGCAAUGAAGAUGUACGAAGAAAGAAUGAAACACCCCCAUUCGAUGGAUUCAGAGAAUUCUCCAGGUCUUAUGGAUGCCAAUAGGAUGGCCCUACUUAAGUCAGCAACGAAUCAUCAAGGUCAGUUAGCCCAAGGCAACUCUGGGAGCAUGUCCGCGGCUUUGCAGCAAAUGCAGGGACGACCUCAAAUGACCACUGACAUCAAACAAGAAGUUAAUAUGGGUGCAUCUCAGAAAUCUAUGCCAAUGGAUCCUUCGUCAGUUUACGGACAAGCAAUUUUACAAUCAAAAUCUGGACUGGGUGGUGCAGGAUUAAAUCAAGGUGUCUCUGGUCUUCCAUUGAAGGGUUGGCCUCUUACCGGAAUUGACCAGUUACGACCGAGUUUAGGUUUACAAGUGCAAAAGCCAAAUCUACAGACCCAAAACCAGUUUCUUUUAACAUCACAACAGCAACAGGUCUUAGCACAAGCUCAGGCGCAAGGAAACCUUGGGAAUUCACCGAACUUUGGGCUUUGCGGCUUACCAAGGGGUAGCUUGAAUUCUAAAGAUGGUCAACCUACAAGGAAUGAUGGAUCUAUAUGCUCACCAGCACAAUCAAAUCCACCAAAGAUGAAGAUGACCCAGAUGCAGCAGUCAUCCUCUCAACAGCAGGAUCAGUUGCAGCAGCAGCAGCAGCAGCAGCAGCAGCAGCAGCAACUGCAACAGAAUAACCGGAAAAGGAAGCAACACUCUUCUUCUGGACCUGCCAAUAGCACGGGUACAGGAAAUACAGUGGGCCCUUCUCCAAACUCACCAGCAUCUACUCACACACCUGGUGAUGGAUUAACGUCGGCAAGUAGCUUGCAGCAUGUCAACAGCGUGCCAAAAAGCUUGAUGAUGUAUGGUGCGGAUGGAACAGGAGGUAUUACGUCCUCUACAAAUCAGCUGGAUGACAUGGAACAUUUUGGAGACGUUGGUUCUUUGGAUGAUAACGUGGAAUCAUUUUUGUCGAAUGAUGGAGAUGGAAGAGAUCUGUAUGGAACCUUAAAACAGAGUCUUACUGAGCACAAAACAGAGCCUAAUAAGGGUUUUUCCUUUGGGGAAGUUAGUAGUAUAAGGACAAGAAAUAAAGUUACCUGCUGUCAUUUUUCUUCAGAUGGGAAGUUGCUAGCUAGUGCUGGACAUGACAAGAAGGCUAUUCUCUGGAACAUGGAUACCCUGCAAACAGAGAGCACUCCAGAAGAUCACCAAUGUCUAAUUACAGAUGUUCGUUUCAGACCAAAUUCAACUCAGCUGGCAACAGCGUCAUUUGACAAGUCUGUGCGAUUGUGGGAUGCUGCUAAUCCAAGUUACUGUUUGCAUGCAUAUACGGGGCACCCUUCACAUGUUAUGUCUCUAGAUUUCCAUCCCAAGAAGAACGAUCUUUUCUGUUUCUGUGACAGUACAAAUGAAAUAUGCUAUUUUAAUAUCAGUCCAUUCACCUGCACUCGUGUUUCUAAGCAAGGAGGCAGUGCUCAGGUGAGAUUUCAACCGAUAAAUGGACAUCUACUUGCAGCAGCAUCGGAUAAGGUGGUGUCUAUCUUUGAUGUCGAAACUGACAGACAAACUCAUGCAUUCCAGGGGCACUCCGGAGUGGUCAACUACCUCUGCUGGGAUCUUAGUGGAGACUAUUUGGCAUCUGUCAGCGAGGAAUCUGUCAAAGUUUGGUCAUUAGGCUCAGGGGAGUGCAUUCAUGAGCUUAGUUCCAAUGGCAACCAGUUCCAUUCUUGUGUUUUUCAUCCAAGUUAUUCAGCCCUAUUGGUGAUCGGCGGAUUGCGGUCUUUGGAGCUGUGGAACAUGGCUGAGAAUAAGAGCAUGACCGUUCCAGCGCACGAGAACAUUAUAGCUGCUUUGGCCCAAUCACCUGUCACCGGCAUGGUUGCUUCCGCAAGUCAUGACAGCUCCAUUAAGUUAUGGAAGUGAAAUAAUUCUACACUGUUGGUGGCAAUACACCAAUUUUAAUGGGAGCUGCUGGUGCUACUUCCACCAAAAAAAUCUGGCAGAGGACAUGCAUGAUAUUAGUACUUGGUCGUAAGUGUUCUUUUUCAUUCUAGGAAAUUAUUAGUGUAUCUAUUAUUAGUUUAUGACAGAUCGAUUUUAGUGCUGUGAUUUAUUGAAGCUGGUUAGAAUCUGGAAACGAAGCAGAUUGUUUGGUUGAAAGAGAAGGAAAGAGUGCAUAUUCUUAA